AUGUUUGCAAGAUCGCAAUCUUCCACCAAGAUCCUAGGCAUCAGCCCGGAACUCGCCGCCGUUCUUCCAAACGAUGGGGUCCCGUGGUAUAGACAACGACAUCUCAUAAGCCUCAACUUCUACUGCAUCUUUCUAGCCUUGCUCUGUGCAGCAAACGGUUAUGAUGGCUCAAUGAUGAACGGUCUCUUGACUCUCCCUCAGUGGCAGACAUUCAUGGACUCUCCCAAGGGGUCAUGGCUCGGCUUCAUCAACGCCAUCCAGGCGCUUUCGUCCAUGCUUGCCUACCCCGUGGUGGCAUACUUCGCCAACCGCUGGGGCCGGAAAAAAGGACUCUUUGUUGGAUACGCUUUUCUGUGUAUUGGUUGCUUUCUCCAAGCAUUCUCCCCCGACAAGGCUGGGUUCAUCAUCGGUCGUGUUAUCAUUGGCCAGCCGAGCGCCUGGUGGGGUUGUCUUGCGCCUGUUCUUAUCACGGAGUUGGCAUACCCGACGCACCGAGGAGUUCUCACGGCGCUCUACAACACUGGAUGGUAUGUUGGAUCUAGCCUGGCGGCAUGGGCGACCUUCGGAACCCGGAAUCACGACAACAGCUGGUCGUGGCGCAUCCCGUCUUUGCUACAGAUCGCUAUCCCGCUCCUCGUGCUCCCAGCCGCCAUCCUCGUUCCGGAGUCGCCUCGUUUUCUUGUCUCCAAAGGUCAGGCUGAAAAAGCUCGCAGCGUAUUGACCAGAUUCCAUGGCGGGGGAGACCCAAACUCUAUCCUUGUGGACUUUGAGAUGACCGAGAUCGAACGAGCCAUCGAAGACGAUGAGAUGGCGUCCAAGAGUUCUUCAUGGAUGGAAUUAUUCUCCACGCCGGGGAACAGACACAGGGCUUUCAUCUCAAUGUCGCUGGGCUUACUUGGGCAGUGGGCUGGGCAAAACAUCGUAUCGUACUACCUCGGGGCGGUCCUUGAUACCAUCGGUAUCACUUCUGUCACAGAUCAAACACUCAUCAACGGCUGUCUGCAAAUCUGGAACCUCGUCCUGGCUGUAUCAGCUGCUCUCUCCGUUGACCGGCUAGGCCGUCGUCUGCUAUUCCUCGUCAGUUGUGGUGGGAUGUUUCUCAGUUUCGUCGUCAUUACUGGUCUGUCUGGUAGCUUUGAUGCUACUGGGGCGCCAUCAGUCGGUGUGGCAGUGGUCCCGGUGUUAUUCAUAUUCUACGGGUUCUACGAUAUUGCCUUCACUCCCUUACUUGUAUCAUACCCAGCCGAGAUCUGGCCAUACGAACUUCGUGCCCGGGGAACAGCUCUGACGCAAAUGACCACGUACUUGGGCAUCUUCUUCAACGUUUUUGUCAAUCCUAUCGCACUUGAAGCUAUUGGUUGGAAGUAUUACAUUGUAUUUGUUGUGAUCCUCUUGGCUGGGUCGAUUAUCAUUUACUUCUUCUACCCAGAGACCCGAGGUCAUACGUUGGAAGAAAUGGCGGUCAUCUUCGACGGUGAAGCGGCAAGGGUCACUGAUGUUCCAUUCGAAAGGGACGCCAAGAACGGAACGGCAACUCAACACGAAGAGGGUGCAUAA